AUGACUCUCGAAUCCGGAGAUCACACAUUAACGCUCUUCGCCUAUAGAACGGGACCAUUAAAAACGGUUUUGUUCUAUGCUCUGACAUUUUUAACACUCGGAAUAUUUCGCUUGAUACUGCAUUGGAAGCAAAAGUGGAAUGUUAAAGUACGGAUGGUCCCAUGCACAUUUGAAGCAGCAGAGUAUGUAUUCAUCGUAGACAACCACAAUGUGACCGAACUUCAACCGGUCCUAAGGAAAACGGAAACUAUGAUUCCUACGGAAAAUGGUGAAAUGCGGAAGGUUCCUGAGCUCCGUUGGUUCCUUUAUCGAAAACUAGAAUAUAUUUGGAUUGGCGAUGAAACCUUCGAUGGAAAUGACGGAGAUGAGGACUGCUGCUGGAAACCAUCGUCGGAUAUUGCCGACAAAAUUCCUUCUCGAUCAUUUCUAGCAGUCUCUGAAGCAAAUGUUGGCUUAACGUCUUCUGAAAUCUUGAGGCGUUUGGAGUUCUACGGAAGAAACGAGAUUGUGGUUCAAUUGCGUCCAAUUUUGUACCUUCUCUUCAUGGAAGUCAUCACUCCUUUCUACGUUUUUCAGAUUUUCAGUGUCACUGUCUGGUACAACGACGAAUACGCGUAUUAUGCAUCUCUGAUUGUUGCUCUCUCACUUGGAUCGAUUGUGAUGGAUGUCUAUCAAAUUAGAACUCAAGAAAUACGACUCCGAAGCAUGGUGCAUUCUACAGAAAGUGUUGAAGUGAUUCGAGAUGGAAAUGAACAGAUUAUUGGAAGUGACCAGCUUGUUCCUGGAGAUGUCCUUCUCAUUCCACCACACGGAUGUCUCAUGCAAUGUGAUUCAGUUCUGAUGAACGGUACAGUAAUCGUCAAUGAAAGUGUCCUCACUGGUGAAUCAGUUCCAAUUACAAAAGUUGCUCUCACAGACGAAACCCACGAUUCGAUUUUUACCAUGGAGAAAAACUCGAAGAAUGUGCUUUUUUGUGGAACUCAAGUUCUUCAAACUCGUUUUUAUCGAGGAAAGAAAGUGAAGGCCAUCGUUCUCCGAACUGCGUAUUCCACUCUCAAAGGGCAAUUAGUGAGAUCCAUCAUGUACCCAAAACCAGUAGACUUCAGAUUCACCAAAGACUUAUUCAAAUUCAUUCUUUUCCUAGCAUGCAUUUCGGGUUGUGGUUUUCUAUAUACCAUAGUGGUUAUGAUUAUGCGAGGAAAUACACUUCGGAGGAUCAUUGUUCGUUCUUUGGACAUCAUCACAAUCACAGUACCGCCAGCACUUCCAGCUGCCAUGUCAGUCGGGAUCAUCAAUGCACAGCUACGGCUUAAAAAGAAGGAAAUUUUUUGCAUUUCUCCAUCUACCAUUAACACUUGUGGAGCUAUUAACGUGGUUUGUUUCGACAAAACGGGUACACUCACGGAAGACGGGCUCGAUUUUCAUGUAGUUCGGCCGGUAAAGGCUUCAAAAAAAGAGAAUAACACAGAGAAUACAAUAAGUUUUAUGGAAGAGAUGACUGAGCUAACUAGUCGAAAUGGACUCUCUUUCGAUGGAGAUCUAGUCAAAGCGAUUGCAACGUGCCAUUCUCUCACAAGGAUCAACGGAGUUCUUCAUGGCGACCCACUUGAUCUGAUUCUGUUUCAAAAAACUGGGUGGACAAUGGAAGAAGGCGUUGGAGACAUAGAAGAGGAAACUCAACGAUUCGAUAAUGUUCAACCGUCCAUAAUCAAGCCUUCGGAUGAUGAGAAAGCUGAAUACUCUGUGAUACGACAGUUCACAUUUUCUUCUUCUCUACAGAGAAUGUCUGUGAUUGUAUUCGAUCCAAGUGAAGAUAGACCUGAUAAUAUGAUGCUGUUCUCGAAGGGCAGUCCAGAAAUGAUUCUAUCACUCUGCGACCCUAAAACUGUUCCAGAAGAUUAUCUAACCCAAGUGAAUGCAUACGCUCAACAUGGCUUCCGUCUGAUUGCUGUCGCCCGUCGUCCUCUCGAUAUGAAUUUCAAUAAAGCAUCAAAAGUGAAGCGUGACUCGGUGGAAUGUGAUCUGGAAAUGCUCGGAUUGGUGGUCAUGGAGAAUAGAGUGAAGCCAGUAACAUUAGGAGUAAUCAAUCAGCUGAACAGAGCCAAUAUUCGAACUGUAAUGGUGACUGGAGAUAACCUACUCACUGGACUUUCGGUUGCUCGCGAGUGUGGAAUCAUAAGACCCCAAAAACGAGCGUUCCUGGUGGAGCACGUUCCUGGAGAACUCGAUCAGUAUGGACGAACAAAGCUAAUAAUCAAACAGUCGGUAUCCUCGUCGGACGAAGUAAUAGAAGAUGAUGAAUCUGUUUCUGUUUCGAUGGGUUCUUCAACAUGGAAGGGAUCGUCAGAGAAUGAUGGAUUUUCGCCAACAAACACCGAAGUGGAAAUGCCAAACGCAGUUACAACGGAAAACCUUGAUCACCUGAUUGCUAGCAGUUAUCAUUUGGCUAUAUCUGGACCAACUUUCGCUGUAAUUGUGCACGAAUAUCCCGAACUGGUUGAUCAACUGUGUUGCGUCUGUGACGUGUUCGCUAGAAUGGCACCUGAUCAGAAGCAAUUGCUUGUAGAGCAACUUCAAGCAGUCGAUUACACCGUCGCUAUGUGUGGAGAUGGAGCUAACGAUUGCGCUGCGCUAAAAGCUGCACACGCAGGAAUUUCACUCUCCGAUGCCGAAGCUUCCAUUGCUGCUCCAUUCACCUCAAAAGUACCAGACAUUCGUUGUGUGCCUACAGUAAUCAGCGAAGGAAGAGCUGCACUCGUCACCUCGUUUGGAAUUUUCAAAUAUAUGGCAGGAUACUCACUAACUCAAUUUGUCACAGUCAUGCACUUGUAUUGGAUUUCCAACAUCCUCACGGACGGACAAUUCAUGUUCAUCGAUAUGUUCCUUAUUACAAUGUUCGCUCUGCUUUUUGGAAAUACGCCAGCUUUUCAUCGUCUAGCCCACACGUCUCCACCAACUCGUCUUCUCUCUAUCGCUUCAAUGACUUCUGUGAUCGGACAGCUCAUCAUUAUUGGUAUCGCUCAGUUUACAGUCUUCAUUUUAACAGCCCAACAAUCAUGGUUCACUCCAUACCAACCACCAGUCGAUGAUGAAGUGGAGGACAAAAGAAGUAUGCAAGGAACUGCUCUCUUCUGUGUUUCCAUGUUCCAGUACAUCAUUCUCGCGAUUGUCUAUUCAAAAGGAAAGCCAUACCGUGGAAGUCUUUUAUCGAACAAACCUAUCUAUAAAAAGAAACGAAGCAUCGAGACGAUCGUUGACUACGUUCCAUCUGAUCAUAUCCGCCGCCCUUCGAUGAAUGGACUGACGUCUUCUAGAACAGAAACUACUCUUUUAUCGGGAGAAGGUCCACAGCUUCAUAUGACGAAAACGCCAAAAGCAGAUGAAGGUCAACAAUCCAGCUCCCUUUUCGAACGGAUAAUCUCCCGAAUCGGUGGCGAACCUGCAUGGAUAACUUCCUCAAUUCCACAAAGCUCUUCUCCGGAUAUCACAGAACCCGAACAUCUUGAUCGCACUUUUUAG